AUGAGCGAAGAUGACAACUCAACACCGGCAAACAAAGACAAAGACUCCACUCUGCUGCUCACCAAAGACGGACAGAGGUACUAUGUGAAUAAGAGCGGAGUAGUAGACAGCAGAAAUGUGGUCACCCCGCACGAACCGGAGAACAACGCCUCCUACGAUAUGGACGAUCCGGACGAGGAGAGCGACGUCCUGGACACUUCUGACCUCAGAGACAGCGCCGCCAGCCCGGAGGAACUCAACGACGAGGAGACAUCCGAGGGAGACAACGCUCCCAAACAGUGCACAUACGAAGGAUGCACGGAAACCACAACACAGGUGGCCAAGCAGAGAAAACCGUGGAUGUGCAAAAAACACCGCAACAAGAUGUACAAAGACAAAUACAAGAAGAAGAAGAGUGACCAGGCAAUGUCCAGUGGAAAACUUGAUGAGAAUGCAGAGGAGCGGCCCGUUUCUGUGAAUAAACAGCGCUUGGGAUCCAUGGGAGACCGGCCGGCCAGACCCUCCCUCAUAGAGCAAGUCCUUAACCAGAAGAGACUGUCUUUGCUCAGGAGUCCAGAGGUGAUCAGCUUCCUGCAGCAGCAGCAGCAGCUCCUGGCCUCGCAGAGCCGCAGCCAAUCACAGCAGCAGUUCCAGGGCUGCUGACACUGGCCCGUCAGCCACCGUUUACUGUAGCGUUUGUCCUGUUUCAAGCACUGAAGUGACUCCUGUGAUUACAGAAUCAAUGUAUUCAGACACUGCUGUAGUCUAAGUCAUCGACCAGAGAACUACACAGAAAAAAGAGUAACAGAUGUAUGUUUUAAAGGCGUGGGGAGGCUGGUGCAGAUUUCAGGACGUAGCAAAUCAAAUUCUGUCUAGCACUGAUGAGGAAGGGAAAUAUCCUAAAUUUACACCUAUAUUUAUGUCCGAUUUCAUGUAGUGAUUUUUAAUUUUAAUUAAUCCUGGUCAGAUCCAUUGUUCCUGUAAGAGUAAACCUUCUAUAAAGUGGACUUGUGAAUGUUCUGGCACUAAUAAUGAAAGCACUGGAUUCUAAUUGAUCAUUCAGAUGCAUAAGAAGCAUCUGUUCCCUUUUUAUAUAAUCUUAUUGCUUAUUUGAUUUUUAGUUUGUUUUUUUUUUAAAUAUAUGUAUUUUUGAGAAAUGAAAAUUUCAGUUUCCUUUUGUGUUCAAGUAACAUAUAACUGUGUGGUAUUUUAGACAGUUUCCUCUUAAAUGUAAAUGAAUUAUUGAUCUUUGUUGUUUCUGCUUUUGAAGAGAAAGUUUUUAGUGUGACAAUCAAUACUUUAAUACAUGUCUGUAGCAUCAUUUCAACAUGACAGCCAAGUGGAACUUUCAGGAAUUUUAAAGAGGGGCUUUUAAGACUUUAAAUGCCAGUUUACUAAAAAAAAAGAAAUACACCAAAAUAAAUUAAGAAUUGUUUGUUAGUUCUGAUGACUGUGUAUAGAAGAUAAUAAAGGGUACAAUCUGGUAAAGUUUGCUACACACAGAGAAGUCACAUACUGUAUUUUGUUUGUGUUUUUUCAGUUGAGUCUAUAUGACCUGGUCUGAAUACAAGAUUAAAACAAUGAUUCAAACAUGAA